AUUCAAAGGUUAAACUUUUAACAGGAAAAUGCAUUUCCUAACCUAUUCUACUACUUACUGAAGGUGCCACCACCCCGAUGAUAAUUGGUUAUGUUUAUGCUGUAAGGAUGUUCUUUGCAGUCGUUAUGUGAACAAGCAUAUGCUCGAUCACUUUCAGCAGAGCAAACAUUGUGUGGCACUAGGCUACAGUGAUCUGUCAGUUUGGUGUCACUUGUGUAAUGCAUAUUUAGAUGCUCAAGUGAUUUUGCCACUGCGUCCUGUUUAUGAAACUAUUUACAGACUGAAAUUUGGUGAAGCACAUGAAGCCCCACCAUCUCAAGCAAUUGAAUAUUUGCAGAUAGAGGAUAAGAAAGCUGAGGUCUCAACUUCAGGCAGUUAAGUUCAUCUGAUGAAAA